GGAGGGCUUUAUAUUUUAUGCAUGUAUGGAUGUUCCUUUUUUGAGAGAGAGUGCGGUGCUCAUGUUUUCUUUCAAACUAGAAGAAAAUAAUAAAAUAAGAGACAUAAGCAACAUGUGCCACUUAGCUGUGACACUUGUCAUAAGCAUGACAUGGAGAACAAUAGGGCUUCUUCAGUAUCAGCGGUUGUAAUCUGGCGUGAGAGUGUAGCCGUUUUUUUGUUUUUUGUCUGUUAAGGGCGACCAUACAGUGAACUGAUACCGGCGUUUGUGAUAUAGAUGCUGCUAUCUGGAAGGAAAUGUCCGACCAAUAUGUGAUCAAAUAUUAACAGGACUUGGUUUGGCAAGGGGUGGGAAAAUACACGUGACAAGACGCGGGGAAGCAGCAGCAGCAGAGUAGGGGGGAAAAAGCAGUUUAAAGUGGGCACUCAAACAAAAGUAUAUAGAUAUUUUCUUGGCCCCCUCUUAGUUACCCUGGCUGUGUUAUGCUUUCAGCACGUUGGACAGAGGCACCGGAGUCGUGCAUGGACUAAAACGCCGAGUGGACGCCAACUCUCUUUCUCUCUCUUUUCCCAGCCCCCCUUUGCCAAAACCUGGGACUGUUUUUCCAACUUUUGGUAAGCUUAUUCUGAAGGAGCCUGUGGUCUGUUAACGGAAAAUAAACGGGAUUAUACAGAGCAAAUAUUUCAUAAAAAGGGGAGAAAAGCAAAGCAAAAGGAGCGCUUGCCAUUUAAAACGAGCUUGUGCUUUUAAAAGAGAAAUGUGUUUUUGUAGGGAGCACUGUGAAAGUUGAAAUGUUAGGGCGUCUGGUUGUUUUGCACACCACAUUCUCGGUACCUAUAAGCCCCCCACACUGCGUUAAACUUUGGGACAUGCAAGUCUUGGUCGCGGAGAUCUAACCACGCACAUAGUGGUUGUCAGCCCUUGUAAAGUUCCACCAGGUUAGAAGAGUGAUGACCAUCCUGUUCCUUACUAUGGUUAUUUCAUACUUCAGUUGCAUGAGAGCUGCGCCCCUGAGAGAUGCCCCGGGCAUGCGGGGCCAUCGGACGGAAGGCUACUUGGGCGCUGCUGCGACGGCCGCUCGAGGCCACGGGACUCCACAGAGUGGCGGCGGGCCAGGCCAGCGUGGGGAGCUGCCCUCGCUCACAGACACAUUUGAGCAGGUGAUAGAGGAGCUGCUGGAGGUGGAGGGCGAGGCGGCACAGCUGGGACAGGGGGCUGAUAAGAGCCAGGGAGGUGGGGGCCCGUCGUCUGUGGUCGCCUCGGAGACCAAGGAUGUCGACCUGUACGACUCGCGGGUGAUGAUCAGCAACCAAGUGCCUUUGGAGCCGCCGUUGCUCUUUCUUCUGGAGGAAUACAAAAACUAUCUGGAUGCUGCUAAUAUGUCCAUGAGGGUGCGGCGACACUCCGAUCCCUCGCGGCGCGGAGAGCUCAGUGUAUGUGACAGUAUUAGCCAGUGGGUGACAGCUGUGGAUAAAAAGACGGCAAUAGACAUGUCUGGGCAGACAGUUACCGUCAUGGAAAAGGUCCCUGUCCCCAAUGGCCAACUGAAGCAAUACUUUUAUGAGACCAAAUGCAACCCCAUGGGGUACACAAAGGAGGGCUGCAGAGGAAUAGACAAGCGGCAUUAUAAUUCCCAAUGCAGGACAACCCAGUCCUACGUGCGAGCGCUUACCAUGGAUAGCAAAAAGAAGAUUGGCUGGCGGUUUAUAAGGAUAGACACUUCCUGUGUAUGCACAUUGACCAUUAAAAGAGGGAGAUAGUGUAUAAAAUGUAUAGAUUUUAUUGAAGAGUUUAAAAAAGAGAAUAAAGAGAAAAUAUCUAUUUGUAUAUAUACAUAACAGGGUAAAUUAUUCCGUCAAAUGAAAAUUUUAUGGACUGCAUGUAAAAAAGAUGAAGUUUAUACAGUAAAAGUGAUACUACAGUCUAUUUAUUGAACAUAUUCAUGACCUUGUAAACAAUUAAAAAAAAUCUGAUCAGUCA